AAUAUAUAAAUGAAUAAGGCCCUGAGAAAUCAUUAACAAAUUAAAACGAAACACGCAAGGGGAGAAGGGGGCCCCGAAAGGCAGGCAAGGCAUCAAAUAAUAAGGACGAAAAGUAGCCCAGAGUCAAGUGUUUCACGAGGAGCUGUGUUUGCGUUGGCAUGCUUUGAGGUUAAUACCACCCGUCACCCAGUCCUGUUCCCUCCGCUCCGCUCCUGCUCCUGCUCCUGCUCCUUCAGCUGCCGCUCAUCUCUGCCGCCGCUGCCACUGCCGUCACCAUCAAAAGGCAUCGAAGCAAUGGUUGCCUCAUUAGCGACUUAGCGGAAUGGCGUAAAGGAAACCGUAACCGAAAACCACACAAAAAAAAGGAUACGCUAAAAGGGAUUUCGCGCAACAGCAGCCGGCAACAUAAAAAAAAGGGACAAAGAAAUUGAAUACUCAUAGCGAAUUUUAGGCAUAAUGAGUUCGUUCUCUUGACUCUAGAAAGAAAAUAAAAACCGAGCACCUCAAAUGCAAAUUGAUAUUAAGCCACAUAAAUCGUAAUCAGCAAGCAAAUUAAUUAAAUUGGAAGAAAACCAGACAGCAAUAAGUAAGAAGCAACCAUGGCCUCGCCACCGGAGAGUCCCAUCGAGGAGGUGGUCUAUGAGUUGGAACACACACGAGUGCCUAAGCCCAUACCCGUUGCCCUCGAGGAUCUGUGUCGGCAGACCAAGUUCACCAAACAGGAAAUCCGCGUUAUGUACAGAGGAUUUAAAACGGAAUGCCCCGAGGGCGUGGUGCACGAGGAUUGUUUUAAGGAUAUUUACGCCAAAUUCUUUCCACAUGGCAAUUCGAGUUUAUACGCUCAUUAUGUGUUCAAAGCGUUCGAUGUUAAUUGCAAUGGCGCCAUUAGUUUUCGGGAUUUAUUGGUCACCUUGUCGACAUUAUUGCGCGGUUCGGUCUACGAGCGACUGCGUUGGACCUUUAAGCUGUACGACCUCAACGGCGACGGCAGGAUCAGUCGCGGUGAGCUGAGUGAAAUUAUUUUGGCCAUACAUGAGCUUAUGGGAAGGAGACCACAUCAGCCCGAGGAUGAUCGCAAGGCGAGGGAUCAGGUUGACCGUGUGUUUCGGAAGCUGGACUUAAAUCAGGAUGGCAUUAUUACGAUAGAGGAGUUCCUGGAGGCCUGCCUGAAGGACGACUUGGUAACGCGUUCGCUGCAAAUGUUCGACAACGACCUUUGAUGACAAGAGGACGAGGACGAGCCAGAGCUGCGCAAUUCCAGGACUAUAAGAUCUCUUAUAGAUCUCUAAAUGCAAUAAGCAACGCAACCAAACAAAUUGACAACCUCAGAAAAAACCAAAAAGAAAAACUUUACAAAAAAAAAGGGAGGAGGAACCCCAAAAAACACAACCACAAAGAAUAUGACAAACAAGAAACACCAGUGAAAUUGAUGGGAAAUAAGGAAAUGAAACAUAUUAGUAAUUAAAUAAAUUAGCUUAGGCAACAAACAAACAAACAAAUAUCGAAAGAAGAAAUCUUUAAACUUUAUGAGUGUGUUAUUAUAUAACUAACAAUGAGGUCGUCAAAGAUUGAUCAGAUUAUAAAGAAUAUGUCAUUUUUUGAGCAUAUUAUGAAUUUAAUCCUGCCGUGGAAAGCGAAUUGGUCUUAUAUAUGUAUUUACUAUAUAAAUUUAUACAUGUAUAUGUAUAUUAU